AUGACUGAAGUCGGACGCAAACGUGUUGCCAUCGAGGAAGAUGAUAUGGUCCGGGUCAAUAGCAUGGAUCGCCUUGAUACACCUAUCGUACCAGAGUUGGAGGCGUCCAGAUGGCACGGUCUUGGAAAUCUUUGUGUACCCAGAAACUGGCAACGCGCGAAUGAUGCGAAUGAAGCCGAGUAUUGGUCUUCCCUUCCCAGUCAUAUUCGGUCCUUUGUCGAGACUACGUACCAUCAGGGAGUUGCCUUGAACCCGCAAGAGAUGGCAAAGUCGCAAGCAAUGCUCGACCUUGCCCAUGCUAUGGUUGACGAGGCAGCUGGAGGGGCCUUAGGCUUU